AUGCAGUUAGCAUCUGCAACCAGUUCUGAGACUCAGGAUCAGCAGUCCGAGUUUGGAAAAGCCGAUAAGAAAAGCCCAGUGGCGUGCAUGAUCACAGGCCAGGAUUUUAGAGCUAGAUUUAUGUCCCCCCUGAUCGUCGGCCUAAAGGCUAACAUCGGGGACAUGUACCAUCAAGUGACACUCGCACAGCAUGUGACUCAGCCUACGGCGCAUCAGCCUGUGAACGCAGUGUCACUGAUGUUGUGA